CCGUUGUGUUGAUAAUACCAAUGUGAAACGACUCCGGCACUACGUUCUGAGUGGCAUGCACAAGGUCGACCGACAUCGGCGCGUGUACACGGCGGCGGCGGCGCGCAACCUCUCACCGACCGCGGAGCGCCACGAAGAGAUGCAAACGACCUUUGGGUUUGGCUGCAACGUCGACGAACACAUCAAAUAUGGCAAGUGCCUCGAUGGGCAAUGCAUGCGGCGCACGGGAUGGGAAGUCGAGAAGCUCGCGCUCGGCUCGCAGCGGUUCGCCGAGAAGGACGGGGCGCUGCUCCACGCGUGCGCGACAAAGAAUGAGUUUGCCGUCGCGCAUCUCUUGAGCCUCGCGCCAAGUCUCACACCGCGCAAUGCGCAGGGCCAGACGGCGCUCCACGUGGCCUGCGCCGUCGGCUCGUGCACGAUGGUCGAGCGCCUCUUGGCGUACAAUGCGUCACCGGCGUGCGUCGCCGCCAUAGACUUAAACGUCCAGGACGUGCACGGCAACACGUGCUUGCACGCGGCCGCGGCCGCCAACGCGCUGGACAUUGUCCAGCGGCUAGUGGCCGCCGGGUGCACCUGGAGCGUGACCAACCACGACGGCAAGGUCGCGGCCGACGUCGCGGGGUCUGACCAGCGCAUCUUUUCUUCUUACGACAGCUCGCAUCCGCGCACGAUCUCCAGGACAAGCUCGAAGCACUGCACGCGCGGGCCGCUUCAUUGCACGCGUCCCGCGACGUGGCACUGCGCGACAUGGCGACGCGGGCACUGCGCACGCGGCAGCAGCGACUCGACGCAUCGCUCACCUAGUUAUGCCUCCAAACAAAACCCACACGAUGACGUGGCAACACGGACGACGAGAGAUGGAUGAGGAUGACGAUGGGUUUCUUAAAUAUCGUACGAUUCACGCG